GGUUCCUAAAGUCAGACAAAGAAAACAGGGCCGGGAGGUGCUCCAGGCUGCUGCUGUGAGGGGCAGUGGGGUGGGCUGUGUGGCACAAACAUGAUUCUCUCCUCUUUGCACCCUCAGGCCGAUUCCCACACUUCAGCAGUCUGUGCACACCUGUUGGAUCGCUUCCCCCCACCCUCAGGUCCUCGGAGAUGGCGAUGGCCCUGGCGAUACUGCGGGACUGGUGCAGGUGGGUGGGCGUGAACGCUCAGCGAUCUCUGCUCAUCCUGGGCAUCCCAGAUGACUGCGAAGACCAGGAAUUCCAGGAGGCUGUGCGGGCUGCCCUGCGCUCCCUGGGCAGGUACCGAGUGCUGGGCAAGGGCUACAGAAAGGAGCUGGGGUCGAGGGUUGCCCUGGUCGAGUUUGCUGAGUAUAUAAAUCGAAGCUUGAUCCCCCGCCAAAUACCAGGCAAGGGGGGGCCCUGGACUGUGGCCUGCCUGCCCCAGGCCCCUGAUGCUGAGUCACAGGACAGACCCAGGUUCCCUGCACAGCCCCAGAGACAAGCAGUGGUGGGCAGGGCAGGUGAGGCAGGAACUGCAGGUCGCUCGGGAACUGCAGGGGAGGAGGAAGCCUUAGGUGAGGCAGGAGGUGCAGGUGAGGCAGGAGGUACAGAUGAGGAAGGAUCUGCAGGUGAAGCAGGACCUGCAGGUGAGGAGGGAGCUGCAGGUGAGGCAGGAUCUGCAGGUGAGGGAGGGGCUGGAGGUGAGGCAGGGGCUGGAGGCGAUGAAGAAGCUGCAAGUGAGGAGGGAGCUGAAGGUGAGGCAGGAGGUGAAGGUGAGGCAGGAGCUGCAGGUGAGGAGGGAGCCUCAGGUGACGGAGGGGAUGGAGGUGAGACAGGAGGUGCAGGUGAGGAAGGAUCUGCAGGUGAGGCAGGAGGUGAAGGUGAGGCAGGAGCUGCAGGUGAGGAGGGAGCCUCAGGUGAGACAGGAGGUGCAGGUGAGGAAGGAUCUGCAGGUGAGGGAGGGGCUGGAGGUGAGGCAGGGGCUGGAGGCGAUGAAGAAGCUGCAAGUGAGGAGGGAGCUGAAGGUGAGGCAGGAGGUGAAGGUGAGGCAGGAGCUGCAGGUGAGGAGGGAGCCUCAGGUGACGGAGGGGAUGGAGGUGAGACAGGAGGUGCAGGUGAGGAAGGAUCUGCAGGUGAGGGAGGGGCUGGAGGUGAGGCAGGGGCUGGAGGCGAUGAAGAAGCUGCAAGUGAGGAGGGAGCUGAAGGUGAGGCAGGAGCUGAAGGUGAGGCAGGAGGUGAAGGUGAGGCAGGAGCUGCAGGUGAGGAGGGAGCCUCAGGUGACGGAGGGGAUGGAGGUGAGACAGGAGGUGCAGGUGAGGAAGGAUCUGCAGGUGAAGUAGGACCUGCAGGUGAGGAGGGAGCUGCAGGUGAGGAGGGAGCCUCAGGUGAGGCAGGAACUGCAGGUGGGGAAGGAGCUGAGGGUCAGGCAGGAGCUGAAGGUGAAGCACGAGUGUCAGAUGAGGAGGGAGCCGCAGGUGACAGAAAUGUUGCAGGCGAGGCAGGCCUUGCGAGUAUGGCAGGACCCGCGGGCGAGGCAAUGACUGCGGCUGAGGAAGCAGCCGUGGAAGCGGCAGGCGCCAUGGAUGAGGCAGGGCCCUCGACCCAGCAGUGGAGGCAGGCCUUGCAGCCCGUGCUAGACAACGUGGGCCACCAGGAGCUGGGAACCUUCUCUGGGAUGGAAGAGCCGGGCCCCGGCGAAGAGUCCUUUGUGAGCUGGCUGGAGCAGGCCAACGACAUGCUGCACCUGUGGCGCCACGUGUCUGAGAGGGAGAGGAGGAGGAGGCUGGUGGAGCGCGUGCGCGGCCCCGCGCUGGACCUCCUGUGCGGCCUCCUGGCGGAAGAUCCCGAGCUGGCUGCCCAGGACUGCCUGGCCGCGCUGGUGCAGGUGUUUGGGAACAAGGACCCCCGGGGGAGUGCUUGGCUGAAGUUCCUGACCUGUGCCCAGCGGCCCCAGGAGACUCUCUCUGCGUACGUGAUGCGCCUGGAAGGCCUGCUGCAGUCGGCCCUGGAGAAGGGGGCCAUCCUCCCGGCCGUGGCGGACCAGGUGCGCGCCCAGCAGGUGCUGAUGUGGGCCCGGCUGAACGACACGCUUCAGAAGAUGCUGAGGAUGCAGCUGGUGACGAUUCCUCCCAGCUUUGUGGGGAUGCUACGACUCAUCCAGAUGACCGAGGCCUGGGAGGCCGCCCUGGCUAGCAAUGAGCAGUUCCCAGGGGAAGAAGAGGCCCGUGUGGACGUUGGAGUCCUGGCAGCAGCCGCCCAGGCCGCCCCGGCCCGUCAGGCCAUCACCGCGGGCGCCGCUGCAGAUGGCACCGAGGCCUCCCCGGCCGGUGAAGAUGCCUCCACCCAGGCCGCCCUUUCCAAGGAAGGUAGCGCCGGGGCCCACCCGGCGCCUGAAGAGGCCAGUGAGGCAGUUGCCGGCACUGCCGAGGCUGGCGAGGCGGGCCCUGAAGACCAUGGUGCCGCCAGGGCAGCCCCUGGCCCUGGGGAGACCAGCAAGGCCUCCGCGGCCACUCAGGAAGAUGGAAGUGCUGCCGGCCCUGCGGGCCUAGGUCCGGCAGGACCCUCACAUGCCCCCGGAGUCCCCGUGCCUGGCCGGAUGGGCAGCGCUUCCCCGGUGGGCCCAGGAGGUCCUGGCUGGGAGCCAGAGGGCCUCGCCCAGGCAGGAGGCCAGGAGGCCGAGGAGACCCCCGAGGAGGGGCUCAAGCCUGUCCCAGAAGAGCCGGGAAAUGAGGCCGGGGCUGCAGAGCUGAGCCCCCCGGGGUCGCCCUCGGGCCAGUAGGC